GGACAAACCAGUAGUUUGAAAAUGAAUGUUGUGUUACACAGAGUAGACUGAGGCCAGCAUAUUUUGGGUCUAGCCGCUGACUGAAUAGAGCGUGCUUAAGCAGACCGUAGCAGUCCAGAGAACCGGCAACCAGAACUGAAACAAGGAAUCUAAAGAGUUUGCUUCCAAGGAUGCACUGUAAGUCCUUAUGCAUUGAUUUAGAAUUAGAUAUACAUUCAGACGUUGUGAUGAGGGAGUAUCCCUUUCACUUGUGUAGGCUAGAUCUGAAAGUCAACCAGCAACAGUUUACAUUGAUUGUUACUUAUGAUACAUCUUUAUAACCCUAAUCUUCUGGCUUUGGCUUGUGGGAAGGCAUUUCUCUAGCAUGGUGGCAUUUUCUUUAGGAUGUGACUGAUGGUUUCUGUGUACCUUACGUAAAAUACAUUUUUAAAAUUUAAAUUUGAAUCCCUCUGUGUGUUCCACGUUUGAAUUUGGUUUAGUUCUUACAUUGAAGUUAUGUUAUUGAAUUCAGAAAAGCUCAUGUACCACAGCUCUAAAGGCUGAUAUGUGGUACUGGUUCAUCCACCUCACUAGCCCAUGUCGACAGCAGAUAUGCGCUGGCUGGGGUGGAGCAUCCAGCCCUCUAUGUACAGCUGCUCAGACAGGAUAGGGCGAGGCAGAGAGAAGUCUCAGUUUUAACUGCAUUAGUGGGGCCAGAAACAGCUGCUGGGUGGAUGGAUGGAAACUUGAUUCACCCCAGUGGGUUAGCAGCCUUGGAAACAACUCCAGGCAGAAGGUCCCGUGUAGCUCAGUUGGUAGAGCAUGGCGUUUGCAACGCCAGGGUUGUGGGUUCGAUUCCCACGGGGGGCCAGUAUGAAAAUGUAUGUACUCACUAUCUGUAAGUCGCUCUGGAUAAGAGCGUCUGCUAAAUGACUAAAAUGUAAAUGUAAAAAAUGGGUGAGAUUGCCAUCUGGGAUAGAGACAUGUACAGGGACAGAAAGAGAUGAAUGUAGCAAGUGAUUUCUUUGCAUCUAAAAUGAUCUACAGUUGGGGUAUUUAAAUGCUGGGUGUGGGGAGAGGGGAACCCCUGCUUGGGUUUGGAGACGCCCAGUUUUGGGCAGGAUUUGUUUAGGUUGUAGUUAAUGCUGGUUUCUGAAAAUGUAUUUGAUGUUGCUAUUAGAGCAGUUUGCAAGAAAAGCCUCUACUUGCAAUCUGUUUUUUUAAUGGACAUCAUGUGGCGGUUAUGUGUACAGGACAUACUGUUUGGGACCUAAUCCUCUCUUAAUUGUGUGCAACGCAGCGGUCAGUUGCUAUCGGGAUGAAACUGUGCGCAAUGCUAAAUCCAUCUGAGCCGAUUCCCUUAAGGCUCACUGGGUAUCUCCCUGGCAGGCCAUCGGCAGGGUUGUACAACAGGCAUUACAAUGAACUGCUCCUCUGGGGACUAGGGGUCGGGCGGUGACCGCAUUCCGGGCUUAAUCAACAGGAGAGAAGGAACAACAAGGAAGUACCUUGAUUGAUUUUUUUUUACCCCCUGGUCUGACUUGUAUUGGUGAGCGUAUUGUGAAGGUAAAUACACAGCCUUGGUCGAGAGAGAAUAUUAAGGUACAUAGUUUGGACGUGUGAGCCAGCAUUUUUCUGAGCUGUAGGCUAUAGCACCCACCCCCAAUGCAGGCAUGUCGGCCCCCUCCCAACCCCCAGGGACAACUCACAAUACAACUCCCACACUAGAAUACAUUACAGCCAUGCAGCGUGAACCCUGGCCACAGCUGUCCGAGUGUGUGUGAGCAUGGUGAAUCUGCAGCUGCUCUGUGGAAGGAGGAAGAGCGUAAAAGGGUAGCUAUUGUAGGGGGUUUGUGGUGUAAGCGGUGAGCUCACCGGCUCUGCAGGAAUGGGUAAUGAUGAGGUGAAGUCUGUCAAGGUUAACAGCAGUGCCUCUGAGGGAGGGAGCAGGGAGGUAGAAUCUAUCGAUCUGCUGAGCUACGGCCAAUGAAUGAACCAUAAAUCAGCAAAUUGGUUUUGAGUGUGAGGGUUUUUCCUCCUACAUUUGUAGCCGUUUCAAAAUUGUUACGACCAACCACUCAACACUAGGUGAUAAAAUUGACUGGGUUUUAAUGAGGUCUGGCUGCACCCUGGCCCUGGCUCAGGGGAAUAUUUGUGUUCCUGCUCUGACCCCCAUGGUGGCUGUUUUCUUUCCUCCCGCCCCUGCUCAGUUGUCCUCAGCUGGUGAACUAUGAUUGCCCAUUCCACAAUAGGCCUGAAAGGGCCACUGGUAUGUGGUUUCAAUGCACCGAGCCAGGCCUAGACAAACAGGAGCCCGGCCGGUGUUGGCUUUCCAACAAGGGGGCCGAGUCUGGUGGAGAGUGGGCUGAAGUUACGUGUUAGUGGGGCAGUCGUGGUUAUUGUUUUAGCGCGCUGACGUGUUUCCUGUGCCAUGUUGGGUAACUGCCCACGAUGGAACAAACGGAUCAUCAACAGGGGCCGAACUGUGCUCUGGUUGGGUCUGUGUGUCUUUCACACAGAUGGAGCCAUUGAAUUUCAAUAACCAGAGGAUGAGAUGAACCAGCCAACCCAAAUGAGUCCAUCUUAUGCAACCUCUGCUGUCCCGCCUGUCGUCAUGUGUCCACAUGGCUUUAUAUCUCUGAAAGGGGGUUUCAUAACACGAUUAGGCCUAAAUGUUCAUUUAGGCUUCCGCUGAUUUGGGAAAGGACCACACUGAAUAAACAUGGUUCAUUUGUUUUGGCUGAAAGAAGUUACUUAAACGGACGCCUCAUUGUUCAAAAACAGUGAUUUAUGGGGACAAAAGCACAGUUCAGUCUACAGGAGCUCUUGGAUCUAUGUACAUUUUGAGUCCUGUCGAUACAUACUGUUGCCAUUUUGUCAGGCCUUGUGAAAGACUGCUGUAAAAAGAUGUCCAUAAAAGCAUUUGGUAGUCAAAACAAUUUAGCUUCUCUGAGUGAUCUUCAAGAAGUGUAAUGACUCUGAGACCAUGUGUUAUGUUUAUCCGGAGACCAGAGCAUGACCCUGUGACAGCACAGUGGUGGGAGUCUUGUGUGCCGUUUGGCUGUCACAUGCUACUGACAGUUCCACUGUGUGGCCAAGAAGCAGGUGCUACUGUAAGGAAGUGCUCUUUGUGUCACAUUUGUCACUCUCUCAAACGCAGCCCCAAGAUUUGCGUGUGUCAUGUUGUGUGAAUGAGUCAUGCUGUUUCUUACCAUGUCCCCUAUCUCUAUCCCCCCCAGUGAUCGUGUGUGAGCCCGCUGCCAUGUCCACAGCCGUGGUGAUGGACCCACCCAGGGACGACAGCAACUUGCAGUCAUCCUGUGGCACCGGGGACAGCAUCGCCUCACUGGAUGAUGUCACUAUGGAUUCCACAGCCAAGUAUGUACCUGGCCUGAAACCAUUCUCUGGUCCGAUGGCGUGACUCAUGUUUAGACUGUUGAUCGAAAGGCUCUCGUCACACAGGAAUAACGAUGACCUGCACCCUGUCACGGUCUUAAUAAUACUCCCACAUUAAAGGGAUACUUCGGGAUUUUGGCAAUGAGGACCUUUAUCUACUUCCCCAGAGUCUGUCUUCAUACUGAAAGCAGAGACAUAAAAAUGGUAUCCACAAGUUCGUCUGAUACUGGGGAAGUAGAUAAAGGGCCUCAUUGCCAAUAGCUCGAAAUACACUACAUGACUAAAAGUAUGUGGACACCUGUACGUCGAACAUCUCAUUCCAAAAUCAUGGGCAUUAACUAUGGAGUUGGUCUUCUGGGAAGGCUUUCCACUAGAUUUUUGGAACAUUGCUGCAGACUUGCUUCCAUUCAGCCACGAGCAUUAGUGAGGUUGGGCACUGAUGUUGGGCGAUUAGGCCUGGCUCACAGUCAGCUCAAAUAGCCGAAUCCACUAAUUGGAAGGGGUGUCCACAUACUUUUGUAUUUAUAGUGUAUCCCUUUAAAUGACAGCUUACAGAGAUAUUUGACCUACUUAUAUCACACAAAGAUGACAAAAAAACAGUCCUUACACUUUGUCAUGCCAGUAAUGUAAAUAGGUUUAGAGACAAUUUGCUGUCAGUUUACAAGAUGGAUUCUUGGGGACGUUAGCCUCUGACACACUGAAAGGCUUCCUCCAUCCAUCUUAGACGUGGCAGCAGAGUUCAACAGGACAGGACUGGGAAUCUACUUAAUAUUGUUUAUAACAUUUUUCCCCUCAGUGAGUCAUCAGAGGAGGAGUCAGCUGGUGAGAGGGAAGCGGAGACUGGGGCCAACACUGAGCUCACCAACAAUCCCACAGACAUCCCUACUGGACGGCCCACACACACACAGACAGGUGAGCUGACACACACACACACAUAUUUACAUGGCAAACACCACAAGGAGAGCAUUUACAUGGGACACAAAUACAUUUAGGAAACAGGGUUACAACAGUUAGAGCGUACACAAACAUAGUAGUUCACACUCGAGGUUGGCACUUGGCUACAGAAGUUUUACCAGUGCAUUCAUUUUGAGGUAGACCAAAUGAAUUGUCCCCUUUUGAACUUUGAGGAAAUGGAGCUAAGGGAAGUGAAGUCCACCCUUGGUGCCAGUACGUGCAAACUUCCCUUUCCUGUCUCCUCUGAAUCAAGUCAAGAACAUUCAAUCUUCAACAUUCCACACACACACUCGGUAUGACAACCCUAUUUAUAAGCUGUACACCGGCAUGUAUAAAACCCCAAAUUAGAAUAAAUAGGUCUAUGCCAUCCUAAAUGAAGGUAUUCACACAUUUCAUUAAAAGCACAUUUCAGUUGAGGUUUGUGUCAGUUGGUCAGUAAACUCUAUGUUACUGCUAAAUCAGUAGGGCAUUCUCCUCCACCAUCCAUCCACCUGAAGUGCAGUCCAAUAACCGUAGAAUCAGGACCUGGCUUGAGUGGCAGCAUGACCGUGGCUAUGUGCUUCUGUUGACUAUUAAAGAAGUGGUUGGUGAUAAACAGUCCUGUCUGAACUCCCAGAAGGUUCUACCCACAGCUCUGUCCUGUUGACAGCACACAGAAACAGAGCGCUCUUUGGAAACGGGGUCAGCCUAACACAAGGUCACAUGACCCCACGCUUCACUCACUGUUGAUCUUUUCAUUUUAUAGUGCUUUUCAAAGGCUUCAUAGUCGACACAGAACAUGGGAGAGAGUAGGUCCCCUUAUCUAAGUAAAGCUUUCACGCACUUCAAAAUAUUGACAGGGAUUAUCUAUAGUUCUAGUCUUAUCAUAGUGACCUUUGCAAAAUUGCUGUUAAGACUCAAACGUGAUUGCUAAUAGUACUAGGUGAGUUAGAGCUUCUGUUUGUCUCUGGCAAAUGGCCCCCAUUAACCCUUUACACUCCUACCUGUAUACAGGUUGAAAAUGGCAGAUUUAGUCAUUGAUAAGGGCCUAAAUUGGAACGCAGUGGCUGUACAGUAACAUGUUAUACAUGACGUCAGAGCUCAGGGUCUCCGCUUCACAGCUCUGUAUGGGUUUUGACUGCCAGACGUUCUGAAUUUGAGCACCAUGCCCCCAUCCCUCCCGAUAAUUUGGCAACUUUUUCAAAUUCUGGGGGGGGGGGGGGGGGGGAUGCUGUAAAUUACAAGGACUUGAUGUAUUUUGAAAGAUGAGGCGUUGUGGAUUAUAAUAAAUACUGCUUUGAUGUCAUACAAGCAAGUCCAAAUGUGCACUUCACAUUUCCAUGUCAUAAAACUCAUGUAAUAUAGUGCCAACGUUUAUGAUCACUGUGAUGUAUACUGAACAAAAAUAGAAACGCAACAAGUGGUCCCAUGUUUCAUGAGCUGAAAUAAAAGAUCCCAGAAAUGUUCCAUACGCACAAAAAGCUUAUUUCUCUAAAAUGUUGUGCACAAAUUUGUUUUGAUCCCUGUUAGUGAGCAUUUCUUCUUUGCCAAGAUAAUCCAUCCACCUGACAGGUGUGGCAUAUCAAGAAGCUGAUUAAACAGCAUGAUCAUUACACAGGUGCACCUUGUGCUGAGGACAAUAAAAGGCCACUCUAAAAUGUGCAGUUUUGUCACACAACACAAUGUCACAGAUGUCUCACGUUUUGAGGGAGCGUGCAAUUGGCAUGCUUAAUGCAGGAAUGUCCACCAGAACUGUUGCCAGAGAAUGGAAUGUUCAUUUCUCUACCAUAAACCGCCUCCAACGUCGUUUUAGAGAAUUUGGCAUUACGUCCAAAAACCGCAGACCUCGUGUAACCACGCCAGCCCAGGACCUCCACAUCCGGCUUCUUCACCUGCGGGAUCGUCUGAGACCAGCCACCUGGACAGCUGAUGAAACUGAGGGGUAUUUCUGUCUGUAAUAAAGCCCUUUUGUGGGGAAAAGCUCAUUCUGAUUGACUGGGCCUGGCUCCCCAGUGUGUGGGCAUAUUGCCUCCCAGGCCCACCCAUUGCGCCCCUGCCCACCCACUGCGCCCCUGCCCAGUCAUGUGAAACCCAUAGAUUAGGGCCUAAUGAAUUUAUUUCAAUUGACUGAUUUCCUUAUUUGAACUUUAACUCAGUAAAACCUUGAAAUUGUUGCAUGUUGUUUUAUUUUUGUUCAGUAUAGUUACAAGAUGAAAUGGCGUUAUACCCUGGGUAGUCAUGAACAGAAUGAGCCUACAGUAUGUUUUGUUGUAUUGUGAAGAAACUUUGCCGCUGACCACGCAUCUGAAUGCGCUCAUGACAUGUGCCCCAAAAUUACGAUCUGCGUCUCUGAAUUGCCUUUUGAAAGCCUAACACUCUAGUAUCGUAUUUUAUAAUUUAGCUAGUCAUGUUGGCAAUAGAACAAGCUUGUAGACAAAAUGGCGACCGGCAAGUUCGGCAUGGUGGCAGCACUUUUCUUAUUUUUUUUAUAUCACUGAAAAUAAUUGCAUCUGCAAUUUCUCAGUCAUGCCAACACUUGAUUGCAUCCAGCACUUCGGAUUUGGAAGGAAUUCUUUUUACCAAACUUUCAUAGCACCUUGGCACAAACCAAAACGAUCAUCGAAAGCCAGUCUGAAAUCUCAAAUUAAUGGUGGCGAUCUUAUAAUAACUCUAUGCCUUCUCUUAUCGGGUGAUAUCCAUCAAUGCCCUGGACCUCAGUUUAUCACAAACACCAUCAAUGCCCAUGCUCCUCUUGCGAACGUUGGAUUAAGAGUAACAGCAAAGCUCUGGUAUGUUUGGAAUGCGCGCAGUGGAUUCAUCUGAAAUGCAACGCCUAGCUUUGGGCAUGGGGUCAAUGAAAAUUACCUUUGCUGUCUGUAUGCUGUACCCGCGUAGUGUGUGAGUAUUGAAGGUGGAGUGGGACCAGAGGACUUACCUAGGACGGAGAGUGCACAAGAGGAGGGGGGGUCCGCAGCGGCGCGGAGGCCACCAGAGGCGAGAGACUGGGGACAUGGUGGUGAGGACGACGGAGCAGCACCUGGGGACGUGUGCUCCAUGGUGGCAGAGAGGCCACCGUAGGCAGUGCAGUGGGAGGCGAGUUACAAGUGGAUUGGGAAUUCAGUGAGGCCUUAGGGAAGAAAGGUUUACAUUUUGUGCACUUAAACGUCCAAAGCCUACUACCGAAGAUUGAGAUACGCCUGUUGUUUCGCAAAUCAGAGGUGGGUGUCUUAUGUUUUACAGAGACAUGGUUGGAUUCAUCUGUUUGUGACUCAGAAAUUGAGAUAGGCAAUUACUCUGUCAGGAAGAAUCGGAACGGUGGGGGGAUAUGUGCGUUUGUAAGAGCUUAGUGGGUAAGAGCUUUGUGCCAGUAACCGAAAGGUCGCUGGUUCUAAUCCCCGAGCCGACUAGGUGAAAAAUCUGUCUGUGCCCUUAAGCAAGGCACUUAACCCUAAUUGCUCCUGUAAGUUGCUCUGGAUAAGAGCGUCUGCUAAAUGACUAAAAUGUAAAUGUUAUUUAAGAUCAGACAUUGCUUAUAACGUCAGAUAGGAUUUAAGCGUUGAUCUGGAGAUUGUCUGGCUGGAUAUCUGCCUUCCCAAAACCAAGCCGAUUUUGUUGGGGGUGUGUUACAGGCCGCCCAAUCAGAAUGCAUUCUAUGAAGGUCUCGAAAUUGUGUUGUCAUCGUUAACCUCUCUCUUGAACAAGGCAUCUUUCCAGGGACAUGAAACACACUAAAGUUAUACCUCUGUAUAAGAAGGGGAUAAAGUCUGACCCUGGGAAUUAUAGUAUCUAUCCUCAGUAUAACAUCAAAGAUCCUGGAGAGAGUUGUACAUGAGCAGAUGUAUGAAUAUGUCAACAAACAAAGUCUAAUGUAUGAUUGUCAGUCGGGUUUUAGAAAAACAUACUCCACAGAUUCAUGUCUACUUUACUUGACUGACUUCAUCAGGAAAGAGAUUGAUGAGGGAAAUCUCUGUGGAAUGGUACUGCUUGACCUACAGAAGGCCUUUGAUACAGUUACCCACUGUCUCCUAAUCUCCAAACUGGAGGCACUGGGGUUAAGCAGUAUCCCUCUAGGCUGGGUAAAGUCCUAUUUAUCAGGUAGGGAGCAAGUAGUAGAAGUUAAUGGUUCACUGUCUCAGGCAAAACCAAUAAGUUGUGGCGUUCCGCAGGGGAGCGUGCUUGGGCCUCUACUGUUUUUAUUGUAUAUUAACAAUAUGAAAGAUGCUUGUUCUUGCUGUCUUUUUCUUUAUGCGGAUGACUCUUCACUUCUGGUGUCUCACAAAAGUAAAACUAUGUUGGAGAGCAUACUUAGCACAGAGCUUACUAACAUUAGCAAAUGUCUUGGAGAUAACAAGCUAUCUCUGCACUUAUUUUUGGAUCCAGACCUAAAUUGAGUAGGUCCUCUGAAAUCAGAGUGGAGUUAGGGGGUGAGGUGCUGACUACUAAAACCUCUGUUAGCAACCUGCAAUUCAUCCUUGAUGGAAGCUUGGGAGGUGUGAGCAUGGCCACUAAAGUGCUAGGGAAGGUUAAUGUCAGGACAAAGCUUUUGGCUAGAAAGUCAAAGCUGCUUGAUAAGGACUAGCCACUGCCCUCAUUCAAUGCCAUUUUGACUACGCCAGUUCUUCCUGGUUUGCGGGCUUAUCUAAGCUUUAUGAAGGGGAAGCUCCAGAAUAAGCUGAUCAGCGUAGUAUUGAAGGUGAGUCCACGUACUCACAUAGGCAGGAGCUUCUUUCAGGAACUCAACUGGCUGCCUGUUGAGGCUAGGGUGUCCCAGAUAUUAGACUGGGUUUGGUUUACAGGAGUAUUUAUGGUUCUGCGCCCAGAUAUCUAACUGAUUACUUUCCCCGUGUUAAGGAUGCACACAAUCACAGCAGCAGAACAGGUGUUGCUAAUGUGUGCUUAUACAGGUUCAGGAGUAAUGCUGGGAAAGGUACUUUCUUGUGUACUGGAGCCACAGAGUGGAAUGAGUUGCAUCUGCCCAUAAAAAUGACGUCCUCACUGGGCAACUUUAAAAAUGAAGUUACAAAACUGUUUGAUGUCUUCUGUGCCCAUAUGAAUGACCCCUAUGAUGUAACUGCAAUGAUGAGAUGUUCUUCUUCUUAGUUUUUUGUUUUAUUAUCUUGCUGUCAUACUGUGUUCAACUGUGUUCCAUCUUGCCUAGCCAUCUUGUUUUUAAGAGGACCACAAUGGAAAUAAGUCCCAGACUUUAUUGUAUGUUAUCCUCGAUGAUUUUACUCAUGUGCAUGUAUGGCUUUUUCAAGUUUUUUUGUGUGCUUGUUUUUUUAAAUGUUCGAAUAAAUAAAAUAAACUAAAGCUUUCAAAUUAUGCCCACCUGACCAAGAUUGAUAUUUCAAAUGGACCGUUUUUUGAUUGCGCAAACAACAGUAAUUGUGUAAAGUGGGGAUGCAGGGCUGUGUUCCAAACAAAAUAACUACACGUUUUCUUGCUCUAGUUCCUCAACGGCACAGCUUGGAGAGCUAAAAAGAAAAGCACCUUUAUGGUUGAAGACUCUUCUUUUAGUCAUAAAAGUGCAUUGAAAUUACUUAAGAACUGUGCACACUUUGGAGAGGUGUAGCCACUUGGAAACACCAGUUGGACCUCUCACUCAAACCCUUGUCAUUUUUUUUGUCUUGUGUUGCACCUACCCCACAUUUUCCAGGAAUAUUCUUAUGUUACUGAAUGUAUCCAGAGUAUUUUCAGAUUUCAUUAUCAACAAAUGAGGUGAAAAGUAAAUGUAAAAUGCACAUAAAAUCAACAGUGUAAUGUUUGGAUUCAGUCUUGUCAGGUGAACUGUUGUGUCCUCACCUUUUUUAGUCUAAGAAUUUUCCCAUAAUCUCCAAACUGUUCCUUUUUAAUUGCUAACAUGGUUAUGCAUAUGCUUUCCAUAUUUCUUCUGUAAGAAACAUUUCAAUUUAGCCAAAUCCAUAUAGGCCAAUUCCCACGAGUGUGAGGGGUUAAAAUAACUAAAUAACUGUCUAUAAUAGUCCCUGCUGUUUUGUUAGUGCCUUUUAGUGAGUGCUCUCCUUGUGAGGUCUGUGUGCCUGGGCUUUGUAGGGGCUGCCAAGGCAGUAAUUGAGAUCCCCUCUCUGGCCCUCCCUUGUGGUGUCUGGCGUUGUGUGCUGAUUGGCAUCUCAUAUGGGGCUGGGCCCUGUGUGUGUGUACUGGUAGAGACUGGGGUCCAGGCCAGGGUCACCUAAACCCACUGCAUCUGGCUCUCCACCAACAAUGCAGACAAAAGCUACCUGCGCGCAAAUAUAUAAAUGUGCCCAUUUGUCUGAUUAGUAUUCCUGACAGUGUGGGGGGAAAAAAUAAUGGAUGCUCUGGAUAAGAGCGUCUGCUAAAUGACAAAAAUGUAAAAGAGGAGGAAACACGAGAACAAACUGCUACUGAGAUUUAAGACCAGAAGUCAGAGCAGCCUCCAUCCUGUCCCGAAAGAGGGUCUAAGCUCAUUUCUGUGAGUGCCGGUGUAAGCAGGAGGCACGCCAUUCAAAGUGAUUAGUUUGACUUCCUGACAGGUUUGGGAUCCAUCUGACAGAUUGAUUUGCCUGCAGACACAGGCAAAUCAAUGUAUGCCCAUCACCAUCACCAAACUGGCAGGAUAGGGCAAGAGAGCCCUCAAAUCAGCUCACACAAUUUAUCCCCUCAAUAUUCCUAUUUUCUAAGGUGCUAUACAAAGUUUAAGUCUAAGCAAAGAUCACAAAACAAAACGCACCUUUCCUUUUACCUUCUCACUUGACUUGCCUUGGUAAAAAACUAAACCCGUCUCUCUCCUCUCCCUCAGUGAGUGCCCAGCGGCCAGACUCUCUGUCCCUGGCGGUGGCUAAGCCGGACUUGUGGACAUCGUACGGUGACGGGGAGGUGAAGCUGAGGAUGGGGGAGUCAGGCUUUGCCUCUGAGCCCCCACUCACCAUAGACCAGAUGUUUAAGACUUCUGUGGAGAGGUUUGGCAGCUACACUGCCCUGGGCUGGAAGGAGGGAGAGCAGACCAAGACAAUCAACUACCAGGAGUACUACCAGGCCUGCCGCACAGCUGCCAAAAGCUUCCUCAAGGUGAGACGAAACACAUAGAUCAACUACUGACACUUGACUGCUGUACAUUGGAUGUCAGAACAAUGUGGCAAUAGAAAACCCAUAAUGACAAAUGUUUAUAGUUAUUGAGGGUUACAUACAGAUGAGAACUGUAGAAUAUUGUAUUUGAUUAAACACUUUCUUGGUGCUCAUGUCUCCAGAUCUCCAGUCAUAAGAAAGGCUUAUCGACAUCAGUUCCUAAAGUGCGACAUCGCAACAGAGAAACCUAAGUAUGAGAAAAAGUUAUGUUGGCAAGGCAACAAUGUAUCCUCAAACCAGAUAUGAAGAAAAACAAAAGCAAAAGAGAACCACUGUGGACUUAAAUUUAGGAGCACAUCAUACAAUUUAGGAGCACCAAAUAUAUUUUUACAUUGAUUGAGAUUGGGCCGAUAAGAAUUUGAUCUACUUAUGAAGCAUGUGUUGUGCCCUAGAAACGAAUAUGUAAUCCUGUUAAGACGUGUUUAUUAUGAAAGCUAGAAUAUUGAUACCUGUCAUUGAAAUUACGAAGUCAUAUGUGGAAUAUUAGGUUUCUACUCUUUGUAAAAAGCACUAUUUCCUAUUGAGAUGCAUUACAUAGAAAAUGGUACACUCUCUUUAAGAGCGUGAGUGGUGACAUGUAAGAGAUCCAGUGUUUAUCCACUGUGGGCUGCUGCUGCUAAAUUGAGCUGCCACUCCAAAAAUGUAAAAAAAAAUAUAUUUGAGAUGGUAAAAUGUUUUCGGUGUGAACUUAUAUGACUAAAACCAGUAUGUAGAAAAGAUAAUGGAGCUAUAUAUAUAUUUUUAAAUAGGAUCAUCUUUUGAGAAUUAACAACCACCAGAAUCAAAACUAGACAGUUAGGAAGAAUCAGAAAUGCCCAAAAUGUCAUGGCAUUGGGGCCCCAUUGAUUUUGUUAUGUUUGAGUCACUCAGAUGGCAUAAGAACACAGCAUAAGCCAUGGCAAAAUGUGUAGAAAUGCAGGAAAUUUGCUUUAAAACUGCACAUUUUCUCUCAGCCCCAUUGCAAAAUGUGAAUUUCUUUAGUAGAGCAGUUGCAAAUUGUUUGUUUUUUCAUGGUACACAAGAGACACCUGUCGGAUUAGCGCCUGUCUCAGUGGACUAAUCCAUUGCGGAGGCUGCGAGGCUACCUGGCCUGCGCGCAAAUAUAUAAAUGUGCCCAUUUGGAGAUGUCUGAUUAGUAUUCCUGAUUGUCUUAACUCACCACCACUAAUGAGCUGUGGAGCUUCUCAAUGUAAUUUUUUCUUAACCUCAAACGGCAGGUAAACAAAGUCUGUUUUUACAUCCAUUGAGAAUGGCUAUAUUCAAAUGCUUCGUAGGCAACAGGUGUAGACGAACAGUGAAAUGCUUACUUACGGGUCCUUUUCCAACAAUGCAGAGUUGAAGAUGAGAUUUUAAAAAAUCUAAUGCAAACAGUGACACGAGGAAUAAAUACAUGGUGAAUAACGAAUAUAUACAGUACCAGUCAAAAGUUUGGACACACAUACUCAUUCCAGGGUUUUUCUUUAUUUUUACUAUUUUCUACAUUGUAGAAUAAUAGUGAAGACAUAAACUAUGAAAUAACACAUAUGGAAUCAUGUAGUAACCAACACAGGUAGUCCACAAAUUUUUAACAAGGCACACCUGUUAAUUGAAAUGCAUUCCAGGUGACUACCUCAUGAAGCUGGUUGAGAGAAUGCCAAGAGUGUGCAAAGCUGUCAUCAAGGCAAAGGGUGGCUACGUUGAAGAAUCUAAAAUCUCAAAUAUUUUGAUUUGUUUAACACUUUUUUGGUUACUACAUGAUUCCAUGUGUUAUUUCAUAGUUUUGAUGUCUUCACUAUUAUUCUACAAUGUAGAAAAUAGUACAAAUAAAGAAAAAAAAACUUGAAUGAGUAGGUGUGUCCAAACUUUUGACUUGUACUGUGUGUAUAUAUGUAUAUGUAUAUAUGUAACAUGGCUAUAUAUAGGGAGUACCAGUACAGAGUCGAUAUGCAGGAAUACGAGGGAAUUGAGGUAGCUAUGUACUGUACACAUAGGUAGGGGUAAAGUGACUAGGCAACUGGAUAGAUAAUAGACAGUAGCAGCAGCGUAUGUUGAAAGUGUGUUUGGGUGUAAGUAUGUGUGAGUAUGUGGGUAGAGUCCAGUGUGUGUGCAAGAGCAAGUCCAUUUAGGUAGUCCGGGUAGCCAUUUGAUUAGCUAUUUUGUUUAGAAGUCUUAUGGCUUCGGGGUAGAAGCUGUUCAGGGUCCUGUUGGUUCCAGACAUGGUGCAUUGGUACCGCUUGCCGUGUGGUCGCAGAGAGAACAGUCUGUGGCUUGGGUGGCUGGAAUCUGACAAUUUUUUGGGCCUUACUUUGACACUGCCUGGUAUAGAGGUCCUGGAUGGCAGGGAGCUCAUCCCCAGUGACGUACUGGGCCGUAUGCACUACCCUCUAUAGCGCCUUGCGGUCGGAUGCCAAGCAGUUGCCAUACCAAGCGGUGAUGCAGCCAGUCAAGAUGCUCUCGAUGGUGCAGAUCUAUAACCUUUUGAGGAUCUGAAGGCCAUGCCAAAUCUUUUCAGCCUCAUGAGGGGGAAGAGGCAUUGUCAUGCCCUCUUUACGACUGUGUUGGUGUGUUUGGACCAUGAUAGAUCCUUAGUGAUGUGGACACUGAGGAACUUGAAGCACUUGACCCGCACCACUACAGCCCUGUUGAUGUGAAUGGGGGCGUGCUUGGCCCUCCGUUUCCUGUUGUCCUCGAUCGGCACCUUUUGAUUUACUGACGUUGAGGGAGAGGUGUUGUCCUGGCACCACAAUGCCAGGUCUCUGACCUCCCCCUGUAGGCUGUCUCGUUGUCGAUGAUCAGGCCUACCACCGUUGUGUCGUCGGCAAACUUAAUGAUGGUGUUGGAGUCGUGCGCAGCUACGCAGUCGUGGGUGAACAGGGAGUACAGGAGGGGACUAAGCACGCACCCCUGAGGGGCCCCUGUUUUGAGGGUCAGUGUGGCGGCUGUGUUGUUGCCUACCCUCACCACCUGGGGGUGGCCUGUCAGGAAGUCCAGGAUCCAGUUGCAGAGGGAGGUGUUCAGUCCCAGGGACCUUAGCUUAGUGAUGAGCUUCAAGGGCACUAUGGUGUUAAAUGCUGAGCUGUAGUCAAUGAACAGCAUUCUCACGUAGGUGUUCCUUUUGUCCAAGUGGGUAAGGGCAGUGUGGCGUGCAAUAGUGAUUGCGUAAUCUGUGGAGCUGUUGGGGCGGUAUGCGUGUCUGGGAUGAUGGUGUUGAUGUGAGCCAUGACCAGCCUUUCAAAGCAUUUCAUGGCUACAGAUGUGAGUGCUACAGGGUGAUAGUCAUUUAGACAGGUUACCUUGGCAUUUUGGGGCACAGGGACUAUGGUGGUCUGCUUGAAUCAUGUAGGUAUUACAGACUGGGUCAGGGAGAGGUUGAAAAUGUCAGUGAAGACACUUGCCAGAUGGUCAGCGCAUGCUCUGAGUACGCAUCCUGGUAAUCCGUCUGGCCCUACAGCCUUGUGAAUGUUAACCCGUUUAAAGGUCUUACUCACAUCGGCUACGGAGAGCGUGGUCACAGUCGACCGGAAUAGCUUGUGCACUCACGCAUGGUUCAGUGUUGCUUGCCUCGAAGCGAGCAUAGAAGGCAUCCAGCUCUCUCCCUUUCGACAACCACCGAGACUCGGCGUGAAAGGGAAAAAUGUAAUGCUCUGAUCCAGUGGAAACCUCAUAAAAUACCUGAUUUACUUCUUAUCUCUUGCCUGUCCGGAGCACACUGGCACGGGAAACUCGGAGGGGCCCAGAAUAGUUGAUACAAUGUUGCAGAUUUGCUAUCGUGAGCUUUGGGCCGGACCCAGUUGAUAGUUUGUUUCAAUUUUGUUACAGAGAGAUGAAUGCGAUUGAAUGAACAUGAGUAAACCUCCAUGCGUAUUCAAGGUUAUUUAAUUAUAUGUGAUUUAUAAGAUAUUUUUAUCAGGAUAUUUUCUACCAGCGAUGUAUUUAUUAGUUGGCUUUUGUGGGCUAUUUUGACCUAGUUGGCAAUAGAAUAAAAAUACGUUAUUAUAAUUUAAAUGAAACCGAAAAUGUGUAUAUGAAAAUCAAAACUGGCACGCAGAUCGGUAGAAAUGGUAAGGUGAAUUGGCACUCCACAUGAAAAAGAUUGCCGACCCCUGAGGUGUGUUCACGAAGGAAGAUUGCUAACGUUAGCUAACAUAUUCCAUUUGUUUUGUUAGCCGCAUCCGUUUGCUAGCGUUAGCUAACAGUCUGAGAAGGGUUUGUGUGGUGAACGUAAGUGUCCGUUUCGGGUCUAAACAUGUAGACAUGUAGACUUUCUACUACAUUUAGGAAUAGCUAAAACAUUUUCUGUUGAAUAUUGUCACUAAAAAGCCACAUUAUUCCUUACAAAAAGUAGCUGUUUGAUGUUUCACCGUAACAUUUUGGAAUGUUCAUUCAAAUCCUUCAACUGAAAUUGUUACUCUGGCAACAUGUUCGCAGCAAACAGAAUGCCUUGUUGAACUCUAGCCUAUUACCGGCAACUUCAGGAGCAUAACUUCAGGAGCAUAACGGCAGAAUCUGUGAAUUAUUAUCUUGAUCUCUAGCUCCCUCUAGAGUCAUUUGUGUGUCUUAAUCGUUUCAUCAAACAGUGUGCUUAUAGCAUCAGACAUGCUCGGUGCAUAUAGUUGAUUUUAUUGAAACACAUAGGGUGUGUCUAUAGAUGGAAAAAUACAUGUUUUAAAAUUUAGACCAAUAGAUUGGUCGAAAGAACAGACGACUCGUUCGAACAAUAGUUUUCUUUUGUCAGGGACAGUGCAGGAAAUUGGCUUUAAAACAGCAAAUUUGUCACUGCGGGCAAGAGGAUUUUCAGCCAGAGAACGCACCAUUGGUCACCCCGAAUACAACGCCCCUUGAAUAGAACGGCCCAUGAGAUGGUUAUUGCGUGAUGGAAGGGGGAAAAAAACGUUGUGCCAGUAAUAUGGGUACAACUUCUGAACGGUUUAUGCUAGAAACAAGCCAUUUUCUCUGUAGUAAUGGUGCAACCACGACGAUCACAAAUCUGCAUUCUCUAUGGCACUUGUAAAUAGAGAUACAGCGAAGCCUAAUCAUUACAACAAUUAUCUGGGUAGAUAUUAUUUUCUAGGUGCAUUGGUGCUCCCAAAUUAAAAUGGCAGGUCGCACAGCAAAAUAUUUAGAAGCAUAUGCGACCAAAAUGGUCGCAGUUUAGAGCCUUGACUGGAGGAUGUAUGCCCUUUUUAGAAGGAGACUUUUGAUAACUUCCCCUCUCACUGCCCAUAGUCCACCAUCCUAAUCUCAGAUCAGUGUGUGUUUAACCUCGUGGUGGCCGGGUCACUGUCGGCAGCAUGCGUAGGGUGAGAUUAAAUGUCAGCCAUGUCGGUAGAGGCAAUGUGCUGCUGGGGGCGACCUCAAGAUGCAUGCCACGCUAUUGUUUAUUGUGAAACUCAAUACUGUACACCAGCAUGAGGGCCAGGGCUGGCUCAGGCCCAGGGGAAGCCACACAUCUACAAACCUGAACCUGAUGGCCUCAGUCCACUUGGAAGUAGAGGGAGAACACAAGUUUCCGUGUAUCUGGUAAAUGUGUAUGCUACUCUGCAUUGACACACACCCACACACGUAGGCAAACAGCCGUACUGUGUAUUUCUGGCAGCUAUAGCAUGUUUGCUACCACAGGCCUCGAUGUUCAGAUAUCACGUUGCAGUAUUUUAUUGCUACUGCUGUUAUGAAAGACCCACUGUGUAGUCAUUUUAUGGCUGGCAAUGGUGCUUCAAGCAUUCAUUUUUUAAAUUCUUACUUGGCUUCGAUUCACCUUCCCCUUUUCUGAACUCUUAUCCAUAGAAACGUUUAUAUAAAAAGGCAUUGUUCCUCUUAGGUGGCGAAUAGAGAUCUACAUGACCAAAAGUAUGUGGACACCUGCUCGUCGAGUGGAGGCUGCUAUAUAACAGCCUCCACUCUUCUGGGAAGGCUUUCCACUUGGAAAGGUGGCAUCCUAUGACGGUGCCACGUUGAAAGUCACUGAGCUCUUCAGUAAGGCCAUUCUACUGCCAAUGUUUGUCUAUGGAGAUUGCAUGGCCUUGUGCUCGAUUUUAUACACUUGUCAGCAACGGGUGUGGCUGAAAUAGCCAAAUCCACUCAUUUUGAAGGGAUGUCCACAUACUUUUGUAUAUAUAGUGUAUGUGUGCUUCUAUUCAUAUGAUGUAUGUGUGUGUUUGUCCACAGCUUGGCUUGGAGCGCUACCAUGGGGUCGGCAUUCUGGGCUUCAACUCUGCUGAGUGGUUCAUUUCUGACAUUGCUGCCAUUCUGGCUGGGUGAGUCCCUCUACUCCUGUUUCUGGGGGGGGGGGGGGGGGGGGGGGGGUCGGACACUUAAACUAGCCCUGACGUGUGAUGUGCAGAGUGUUUCCUGGUCACUGAUAUACUGUAGGCCCGUCUAUAUUGUGUAAGCAUCUUAUGUACCCACAACCAAAGACAUGAGAUAUGACAUAUGAGCCUGUCAGGGCAGCAUAGUGUAUGACCUUGAAUUCAGCAUGGAACCUUUUGCACACAUUAAACAGUUUGAUAGAUCGCUGAGGUAUGCCAAACACGAUGACUACUCUGUUUGUGCUUUUCAGUUAUAUCAGCAAGUAGCUAUAACCAGAACCCAAAACUCUGUAGAUCAUGGUCAGAAAUCCAAACUCAAUACAGUAUGUCAAAACAAAUAGAAGUUAAUUUAGAGCUUUGAGUGUUUCCCACUGUCAGAACUGGUUAUGUGAGAACAUCUGUCAUGUGUAAUUGGCAUAAAGAUCAGAUACAGACUGUUACAAUAACUGACUGUUCUGGGUGGAUCAGCACCUCACUUGUUGCAUUUUUCUUUCAUGAUGAUCAUAACUUUAUGAAAUACAUUCUUACCUAGCAGAGUUGCCAAACCUGUCUGUGGGAGAGGGAUCUUUUUUAGUUUGAUGGAACAUAAAGGCAACAUAACUCUCUGUACUGUUUUCUCUUGUUGCCAGUGGGUUUGCAGUGGGCAUCUACACCACCAACUCCCCAGAGGCUUGCCAGUACGUAGCAGAGAACUGCAAGGCCAACAUCAUCGUGGUAGAGAAUCACAAGCAGCUGCAGAAGAUCCUACAGGUAAGCCUAGAGGAUGGCAAGGAUAGGAGAUUUGCUUUGAUUCAUUCAUUCAGGGAUACCUUUCACGUUUAUGUGUAUUCCUGUGGAAUCUGAUGCUGAUAUCUAAAAUGAGUGUUUUUCCUCCAGGUUCAAGACAAGCUGCCACACCUGAAAGCAAUUAUCCAGUACAAAGAUGCACUUAAAGAGAAGAGACCAAACCUCUACACGGUAUGAAUGGAGUGUCAAACUAUUUAGAACAAUAGAACAUAGAUCAAUGCCUUCUGUCUUUUUAGAAGUGUUCAUAACACAGUACAUUUUAUGCAGGUUUGUUUCCCCCCACUGUAUCCUGAAUGUCUCUGCCUUUAUUGUCUACACAGUGGGCGGAGUUUAUGGAGCUGGGCCGUGGUGAGCCCGACACACAGCUGGAUGACAUCAUCGCUAUCCAGAAGCCCAACCAGUGCUGCACACUGAUCUACACAUCAGGUACCACAGGCCAGCCCAAAGGAGUGAUGCUCAGCCACGACAAUGUGAGUGACACUGACUACAAACAUUAAUUUUUAAAAUGUUUUGUCUGAUAAACACUCCAAACAGCCUACCCGACUGCUCGGAGGCGUCCGCAUGGUCCUAAAGCACACUGUUGCCUCGUUUUGUAUCACAUUCCAAUGAUAAAACUGGGGGGGACAAAAAUGCAAUUUCAGAAUGUGUGUGGGACAUGUCCCCUGCUACCCAUCAAAGGUUGCUUAUCAAGAUGUAGCCUUGUAUCUAUUCAAAAUCCCCCUUUGGUCUGAGUUUACCUGCUAAUGAACUGUGUUGUAAUGACCAUCUCUCUCUCUGCAGCUAACAUGGACAGCGUUCGCAGUAGGCCGCUAUGUCAGGUUGACAGAAGCCACCAAGUCUCAGGAGAUAGUGGUCAGCUACCUGCCCCUCAGCCACAUCGCUGCUCAGAUGGUGGACAUCUGGGUCACCAUGAAGGUCGGAGGGGCAACAUACUUCGCCCAGCCAGACGCACUAAAGGUGAGGUCUAUUCUCGUUUAUGAGAAUCCCAAGAGGACAUUUUUCUAGUUUUUCCAUCUGACUGAGAAGACUGUUAUGAAGUCCCUUACUCCCCCUUGUCCUCCUCGUCUUCGAUAAACCUAGUGUGUAAUCCAGUUAAGGGAGGAAGAUUACGACAAGCCUUUUGGCACAAGUUAAAUUGAUACCCUGUCCUCACACAAGACAACUCUUUGUUUCCCCAUUGAUCAGAUCAUUAGUAUUUCUGCUCUCUGUGAAAAGGCUUUUCUUCACAAAAUAAGUGCCAGCAUUAUUAAAUGCAUCACGUUGCAAUUGCAAACUCUUUUGAACAGUUCUGUGAUUCUCAGGAGCUGAACUGUCUUUCUCAAUAUGCUAGUGUCUGUGAUACUCCGCACACACACACAGUCACACAUACUUUGUGCCUACAAACCCCUUUAGUGUGUGUAUAUGUUGUGACUGAGCUCCCUCCCUUCCUGUCUGUUCUCAGGGCUCUCUGGUUAACACGAUGAGAGAGGUGCGUCCCACAGCCUUCAUGGGCGUACCACGUGUCUGGGAGAAGAUGCAGGAGAAGAUGAAGUCCGUCGGGGCCAAGUCGUCCACCGUGCGCAGGAAGGUGGCAGUCUGGGCCAAAGGAGUGGGGCUGGAGACCAACCUCAGCAAGAUGAACCAGUAUGUAUUAUACAUGGGCCUAUUUAGUAGGGAGGGGUGGAUCUGUGGUCUAAUUAGACCAUUACCUGUAUCACCACCUCUGUGGUUCUGACUUCGGAGCGAUUCCCCCAAGGCGAAUACUACUUUGUCACAAAGAUGACAGAACAGGAUCAGUAGUUGUCUUGCCCACGCACAGGAUAAUAAUGCUAGCACAGUAUGGACAGUAGUGAACUACAGCCUGGGGUAUGAAGAGAGACAUGUUCUGAUGUUGUAUUAAACUCCUGCUUCCUCUUCUGCCUGCUCAGGAAUGGAGCUAUGGAGAGGACGCCCAUGAACUACCGCUUGGCCAAGAAGCUGGUGUUCAAGAAGGUCCGUAAGGCCCUGGGUCUGGACCGUUGCACCAAGUGUUACACAGGCGCCGCCCCCAUCACCAAGGACACCCUGGAGUUCUUCCUCAGCCUGGACAUCCCAGUGUACGAGCUGUACGGAAUGAGUGAGAGCACUGGACCUCACACCAUUUCUCUGCCCGAAGCAUUCCGCCUCACCAGGUAACAAUACCCUCCACAUACACUUAAACACACAAGGCCUGAAAUGACAUAUUCCCAUGCUCACUCAAGACACAAAACUAAUUUAUUACAACAGGCCCAAGCACAUGCAUACCUCGGCUUUUAGAAAGUGUAUUUGUUGUAAAUGCUUCAUGUACUGUAUGUCAUUAAGAAGUUAAAGUGAUUUGUGUCUUGUCUUCCCAGCGUUGGGAAGUUGAUCCCUGGUUGUGAGACUAAGAUUAACAAUCCUGACGAGGAGGGCAACGGGGAGAUCUGCUUCUGGGGGCGCCACGUCUUCAUGGGCUACCUCAACCAGGCCGACAAGACAGAGGACGCCCUGGACGCUGAGGGCUGGCUGCACUCUGGAGACCUGGGCAAACACGACGACAAUGGCUUCCUCUUCAUCACUGGACGCAUCAAAGGUACGGUCUUCUCUACACACUCUAUAACCCCAUCCCCAAAAUACCUCCAACCCUAUCCCAGUCAUCAGAACCCAGCUUUAAACGGAACAGACUGAAGUUUUAUAAAAGCCUCAGUCGAUAGAAGAUAGCAUUUUGUCUGGCUCCACAUAAGUUUGCUUUAUCCUAAAUAAAGAAUGUGUUUCAAUAUGUGUCCAGAGCUGAUCAUCACAGCGGGUGGAGAGAACAUCCCUCCAGUGCCAAUUGAGGAUGCUGUGAAGGAGGCCGUGCCGCUGGUUAGCAAUGCCAUGCUCAUUGGAGACAAGAAGAAGUUCCUCGCCAUGCUGCUCACCAUUAAGGUAUGAACAGUUGGCUACAGUACUCAGUUUUAUUUCAAUUUUAUUUUACCAGGUAAGUUGACUGGGAACACAUUCUCAUUUACAGCAACGACCUGGGGAAUAGUUACAGGGGGGAGGAGAGGGGAUGAAUGAGCCAAUUGAAAUUGUUCCUGUGUGUCGGUGUGAAUCCAAAUCCACAGGUCAUAUUUCAAGUUCUGACAAACAUUUUCUUUAGAACAGGGAUGUUACGUUGUUUCUUUGAAAGGAUUGUGUAUCAUGGCUAUCAGUUGCAGCCACUUUAAGAGUAUCUGGUAGAUGAGAAAUACGAUGUGUAAUCAGAUGCAGCCUGCAUUAGAGAUUGCACAGUGCUGUGUAAACUCAUAUCUCCUCUUUAUCAUGUAAUCAUAGGAUGGGGCAAGACUGUCAUAGUGGGUUAUUCACAAUUCUUCUUUAUUGUAAAGUAUACAACUUCUGAUUAACCACUGCCACCUGGUGGACAUUUCACAAACUGCAAGUCUUUAUGGUAUCAUUGUCAGUUAAUGGCAUUGAUUGACAAAACAGAAAUCAUCCAUGAGCAAAACAGCCUUCUAAGGAAAUGUGUGUUCUUUUGUUUAGGGACUUCUUCCCGAAUAAAACAUCUGUCUCUUUACCCCUCAGUGCCAGGUGAACGGAGACACUGGUGCUCCUGAGGAUGAGCUGACGCCCGAGGCCAUAGAGCUGUGCCGGAAGCUGGGCAGCAACGCCACGCGAGUCUCAGAGAUCGCCGGUGGGCGUGACCGGGUCAUCCAUGCCGCUAUCCAGGAGGGUAUCAACCGCGUGAACGAGAAUGCCACCUCCAACGCCCAGCGCAUCCAGAAGUGGACCAUCCUAAACCAGGACUUCUCCAUCAUCGGGGGAGAGCUGGGUGAGCGGGGCGGGGAGCAGCCUGGGCAGGGGCCCUGGGGAGGACAGUGUGCAUGUUUGUUUAGUGCCAUGUUCUUCUCUUCUGGUCCUGAAGGACUACAGUAUGUAGUUUUUUCCAGGUCAUUAUAUAAGCUAGGCUCUAGCUUCCAUAAUGUUGCCUCAUUUCAUUUCCAUUAAUGAGAUGUAUAUGGCACAUUUCAAUAUAAUUGUUUUUGUUUACAUUUCUCUGUCUAUUACAGACUAUGUCAUCACUCAGUAGUUUCCCCAGCUAUCCAGUGGCGGGUGUUGAUGAGCAUAACAGAAGGAUUUAUAUAGCCGACUCAGUCUCUCUCUCUCUCUCUCAGGCCCCACUAUGAAGCUGAAGAGGCCGGUGGUCAUGAAGAUGUACAAAGAGCAAGUAGAGAAUUUCUACAAAGAGGUGGUGACCCCAAGCACCCCUGAUAACGCCCUGCCCCCCAAA